AUGGAUGUUUUCACAACUACUAUCCUUCCAAGUUUUCAAGUAAUGCCCUAUGCCACCCCUGCGGCUAUUGGUGUUUUGUCCUUCUCCAUGUUCUUUAUGAAAAAAUUCAUCUCUGAUAAUAAGAAAAGAAAUGCCAGACUUCCUUCUGUGCCAGAGGUACCUGGGUGGCCAGUUAUAGGGAAUUUGCUGCAACUGAAGGAGAAGAAACUCCACAAGACUUUCACUAGCUGGGUUGAGAUUCAUGGACCAAUCUAUUCAAUUAGAACCGGAUCUUCCACCAUUGCUGUUCUCAAUUCAAAUGAUGUUGCCAAAGAGGCCAUGGUGACUAGAUAUUCUUCCAUCUCAACAAGAAAAUUAUCAAAAGCCUUGACUGUGCUUACCCAGGAUAAAUGUAUGGUUGCAACAAGUGAUUAUGAUGAGUUUCAUAAGAUGGUGAAACGAUGUAUACUUACAAGUGUAUUAGGAACAAAUGCUCAGAGGCGACACCGGUGCCACAGGGACACCCUGAUUGAAAAUAUUUCAAACCGGUUGCAUGCUCAUGUAGACACCUCUCCAGACGAAGCAGUGAACUUCAGGGAAAUUUUUGAGUCUGGACUUUUCGGAAUAGCACUGAAAGAAGCGUUGGGAAAAGAUGUGCAAUCUGUUUAUGUUGAUGAAUUUGGUUCCAGUCUGUCAAGAGAGGAGAUUUUUAAGGUUUUAGUGCUUGAUCCAAUGGAGGGAGCAAUUGAUGUGGACUGGAGAGAUUUCUUCCCAUAUUUGAGUUGGAUUCCCAAUAAAAGAUGGGAGCUGAAUAUCCAGCAAAUGCAUUUACGCAGGCAGGCAGUAAUGAAUGCCCUUAUGAAGGAGCAAAAGAAACGAAUUGCCUUAGGAGAGGAGCUAAAUAGUUAUCUCGACUUCUUAUUAUCGGAAGGCACGCUUACAGAGAAGCAAAUCAGCAUGUUGGUUUGGGAGGCAAUUAUUGAGGCAUCAGAUACAACUCUGAUCACUAAUGAAUGGGCCAUUUAUGAACUUGCAAAGAAUCCAAACUGCCAGGAUAUGCUCUUUCAGCAAAUCCAAAUUGUAUGUAGGUCUGAAAAGACCACAGAGGAACACUUGUCUCAAUUGCCAUACUUGAAUGCUGUUUUCCAUGAAACUAUUAGGAAACACAGUCCGGUUCCAGUUAUACCUUUGCGAUAUGCGCAUGAAGAUACAGAAUUAGGAGGUUACUACAUUCCUGCUGGAAGUGAGAUUGCUAUUAAUAUUUAUGGGUGUAAUAUGGACAAAAAGCAAUGGAUAAAACCUGAAGAGUGGAAGCCAGAGAGAUUUCUUGAUGGCAAAUAUGAUCCCAAGGACUUGCACAAAACAAUAGGAUUUGGAGCUGGAAAGAGGGCAUGUGCAGGUGCUCUUCAGGCAUUGUUGGUAGGAUGUACAUCAAUUGGCAGACUAAUUCAAGAAUUUGAGUGGAGACUGAGAGAUGGAGAGGAAGACAAUGUGGCUAUUGUUGGACUUACCACUCGCAAGCUUCAACCAUUGCAUGCCAUCAUAAAGCCAAGAACAUAAGGACUCGUUGUCAUAGAUUGAUAGUGAUUAGUGAUGGUCUCUCCAUGAAUCAAUCUUACAUAUGUUUCCUAAUAUAUCAAUCAUGCGCGUGGACUUCUGUUUCUCAUACUAUGUUUAGGAAUUGGCAGAAUCGUCUUAAGAGGGGUGCAAAAAUAGAACAGAGAGGGACAAAAAUAGUAAGAAUUAGUGGGUGCUCUUCUUCUGGUGAUGUGCAGUGCCAAGCCAAUGGAAAAUGGCUAAUAAUGGUUGGCAAACGAAAAAGCCAAGAAAGGGGUCAAUAAGUCACACCGCCCCAACCGGCAUGAACGCCAAAUUUCUCACACCCCAAUGUAAGUAACAGGUGCAUUGCAUGAUAGAUUGUUCCGGGAAAUUUCAUACGAGGUGAGUUGUUGAAUCUGAAUCCAUUGCAGAAGAAAAAAACACAAGUACACAAGCUAAAUUCAGAGUGAUAAGAUAGCUACCCUCCACCUGAGUGAAAGGGAA